ACCAAUUCAUCGCAUGUCACCCCAGCGGCGCAGCUCUGAAUCUGGAUGCCUGACCCCUGUUUUCGCCCCAAGCGACAACCGCGCCGUCUUACAUUUUAUGCGACUGCCCUUGUCACAACGCUCCUCCACAUCUCGACAUGCCUUCGCCCUUCAAUCAAGAGGAUCUCUCCUUGGUAUAUGCAGCGAUCUUCCUCGUCAUUUCCUGUUAUCACUGGUACCGUUACCUGUACACAAAGGAACAGAAAGUGCCCCCAUCCGUAGCGAGGCACACGUCCGAGCCCGCCGAACGGCUCGCCAAAGCACUGGCAUCAGCGCUUCCCGACGAAACUAUUUUACCAGAGGAUGCAACAUCGUUUUUAAAUGCAACGGACAUCUACUGGGACCAGCAAGAGUCGGAGAGAGUUCCUUCUUGUAUUGUGCAACCGCAGACCGUCGAGAGUGUCAGCACGGCCGUCAAAAUCCUCAAGCAUGCGUACGCCGAGCGUGUACUGGGAUGUCGGAAAAAUGAUCUCGAAUCAGGACUUCGCGAGGCAGGCCUGUUCGCUGUUCGAAGCGGCGGUCAUUCGCCGGUAUCCGGCGCUGCAAGCAUUGAUGGCGGUGUGAUCAUCGAUCUGAGCAAAUUUAACUCGAUAAAGCUUAGUCAAGAUGAGGACUCCAUCGAGGUCGGAUCAGGUUGCCGCUGGGGAGAUAUCUCGCGGAUUCUUGACGACAAAAACCUCGCCGUCGUCGGGGGUCGCAACUCCCACGUUGGGGUGGGCGGCCUCCUCCUCGCAGGCGGCAUAUCAUUCUUCUCUCCCCAAUAUGGCUUUGCAGCCAACAAUGUCAUCAGCUACGAGAUCAUCACCGCCGAUGGCUCAAUCCUCACAGCAUCCCAGAAGAGCCAUCCCAGCCUCUGGCGCGCCUUGAAAGGCGGCUCCAACAACCUCGGCAUCGUCACACGCUUCACACUCCGAACGUUGCGUCUCUCGACCGGAAAAAUCUGGGGCGGCUGGCUAUACCUUCCAGGCUUCCAAGCAACCAGAGUUCUGGCAGGGCUGCACUCGGUGCUGAGCGCGCCUCUCGACGAGCACGCCGCAGGCCCACUGGCGAGCUUCACCUACAUCCAGCAAAUCGGCAUGCAAAUCAUCUCCACAUCCCUUGUCUACACCCGGCCCACCGCCUCAUGGCCCCCCUGCUUCGGCCCUCUCAAGCCCAUCUGGCGUCUCUGGAGCACCUGCAAACAGCAAACCCUCACCAGCGUCACCGACGAGAUGGAAACGCUCUCCCCACCGCACCUACGACAAGCAUACGGCACAACCACCAUCACAAACGACGCUGCUACCCUCGCCGAAGCACACGCUACCUAUAAAGACGGCAUGCACGCAGUACGCGGAGUCAAAGGCACCCUCUGGACGAUGGUGUUCCAGCCGCUGCAUCCGACAUGGCUACGCAAAGGCGACCCGAAUCCUAUGGGGCUUCAGGACUGCCCCGACGCGCCACUUGUAUUGGUGAGUUAUACUGUCAGCUGGUACCGGCCGGCGGAUGACGAGCUUGUGCAUCGAGAAGUAAAGAAAGGGAUCGAAAGGAUCGAAGCGUUUGCAGAGAAGAGGGGAACGGGGUAUCCGUACAAGUUCCAUAAUUAUUGCGGGGAGUGGCAGGAUCCAUUUGCCGGGUAUGCAAAGGAAGGUAAGAGCUUUUUGCAGAGGGUGAGCAGAGAGUAUGAUCCUGAGGGGCUGUUUCAGAGGGGCUGUGUUGGGGGUUUCAAGCUGGGCUUGGAUGAAAAGGAUGGGUAUUCAUGUCAGACUAGUACAAGAGAAUAACUCAUGAAGGCUAAAUGAUCAUGAUUAUGAUUUUGAGGAAC